AUGGUCUCAUUAAAGAAAGCGCUGGCGCUGCUGUUUAUCUGUGCAGCAAGUGCAUUACCCGCUAUCACCGAGAGGUACAGUGAAGAGAAGGUCAAUGGAUCCGCGUUCUGCUCUACCUACACCCAAAGCACCAUCACAUCCACUGUGACUCCAGAUAGCACCAAGACGGUAUUCGUUACAAAGAGUACCAAGACCACUAUAGCCGCCGUCACUACAGUCAGAACCACCGUAACCGUUGUGAACCUAUCUACCAAAAUAGCCACAGUUUCGACUGUCAUAACAAGAACGAGUACCGCUUUUAUCACGGAUUAUCAGACAGCCACAAGUAGUUUCAUCAGCACGGCUACCCCAAGCGAUACAUAUACCCUGCAGAGGGUCGGAACAAUUACGCAGCAAGUAACUCAGACUACCACUAAAGCGGCUGCUACAACCGUCACCACGGUUGUUGAUACAGCUAUUACAACCGUUGUUCCAGCAAGCGUUGUUUACACUGGCGGUACAACCACUGUUUCUACCAUCCUUUAUACUACUGCAGCAGCAUCUGUGGUAGUCAUCCCUGAAGCCGAAGUUCAUUGCGGUGUUGUUGGUAGUUCAGGAUCUACACCUGUGGACAUAAGAGGCGUCUCAAUUAGCUUCGGCGAGUGUAAGGAAAUCCGCAACAGCUAUCGUGAGGAUACGGUUGCGGUAGACACAUCUUCUGGUACAACACUCUAUGAUCUAGGGUGUACUUCUGCCACUCCUCGCCGAAAGAGAGCAGUACAGGCUGUAUCAGUGCCUAGUUAUUUGCCCAACAAGUCACCGAGUGCCGUCAGCAGUGCUUGCUCAUGCCUAAUUACGAAGCCCGCUGCAGCCGUCACUACAAAAGUCACAGCCAAAUCUUCCGAGACAGUCAUUACUGCUCAGACCCGAGACGUGACUUCGACGGUUACCAACCGCCUAAGUACCGUUAUCACAGAUAAGAAGACUAGCACUUCCGUUCUGUCCACCACUACUACGAUCACUAGCUCUCAGAUCGUGGCUCAGACAAAUCAUCAGGCUGCUACCACUACUCAAGUGAAGACUUACAUUGUUACCAACUUCGAUCAUCUUGUUUAUGUGUACAAGACACAAUUUAUUACAUCUACCAACUUCAACACAGUUACUACCACUAGCACUAGGACCGUGCCAAACACUCGCUACAACACCGUUGUUGUUACUAGCACGCAGCCUACGACGGUCACUAAGGAUGUUUACACGACUUCGCGGACGGUUCUUUCCACGCGUACUUUAUUCACAGGAGGGUCAACUAUCACCAGCGGAACAACUACUAUAUAUGGCACUAUCUGA